GAACCAACCCCCACUUUGCUGCUUUGCCAUGGGAAUGGUGGCAAAUCGCGUGGCUAUUGUCAUGUCGGCUUCAUUUUUCAACCCCAGCUUUGCCUUCAGUUCGCACUUCGACCCCGAUGGCACUCCCCUGAGUGAGCUCUCCUGGUCCUCUUCUCUGGUGGUUGUGGCCGUUUCCUUCUCUGGGCUCUUCACCUUCAUCUUCCUCAUGUUGGCCUGUCUGUGCUGCAAGAAGGGGGGCAUUGGCUUCAAGAGCUGGAGAAGCGAAUCCCGAGAGAAGAGGCUGAGGAUGGUUUUGAGGUGUCUGCCCUGCACGGGGGCCAGCACAGUGCCAAAAACAGCCUGUAAUGUAGAACUGGGGAACCCUGGGCAGCCCUCCCCCUGCCCCCUGACCAAGGAAUUUGAGAAUGCUGAAGGAGAAGAAUAUGCCAGCGAGUUCUCUGCCCAGGGCUCACCUGCCACACAGAAUGGCCCUGAAGUUUACAUUCUGCCACUCACCGAAGUCUCCUUGCCCAUGUCCAGGCAGCCUGGACGCUCAGUUCAGCUACUCAAAUCCACUGACCUGGGACGCCACAGCCUGCUGUACCUCAAAGAGAUUGGCCAUGGAUGGUUUGGCAAGGUGUUCCUCGGUGAGGUGAAUGCGGGGCUCAGCAGCACUCAAGUGGUAGUGAAGGAGCUAAAGGCCAGUGCCAGUGUUCAAGAUCAGAUGCAGUUCCUGGAAGAGGCUCAGCCAUAUAGGGCACUCCAACACACCAAUCUCCUACAGUGCCUGGCCCAGUGUGCGGAGGUCACACCCUACCUGCUGGUGAUGGAGUUCUGUCCAUUGGGUGACCUGAAGGGCUACUUGCGGAGCUGCCACGCAGCUGAGGCACUGGCACCCGACCCCCUGACGUUGCAACGCAUGGCCUGUGAGGUGUCCUGUGGCCUGCUGCACCUCCACCGCAACAACUAUGUACACAGUGACCUGGCACUGCGGAACUGCUUACUCACAGCUGACCUGACUGUCAAAAUCGGUGACUAUGGUCUUUCUCACUGCAAAUACAAAGAUGACUACUUUGUGACGGCUGACCAGCUGUGGGUGCCAUUGCGCUGGGUGGCUCCUGAGCUCAUCGAUGAAGUACACGGCAACCUGCUUAUUGUUGACCAGACCAAGACCAGCAAUAUCUGGUCACUGGGUGUGACCAUCUGGGAGCUUUUUGAGUUGGGAGGCCAGCCCUACUGCCACUAUUCGGACCGGCAGGUGCUCACUUAUGCCAUCAAGGAGCAGCAGCUUAAACUUCCCAGGCCGAAGCUUCCACUCUCGCUCUCUGACCGCUGGUAUGAGGUGAUGCAGUUUUGCUGGCUGCAGCCAGAGCAGCGUCCCACCGCAGAGGAGGUGCACCUGCUGCUCUCCUACCUGUGCGCCAAGGGCGCUUCGGAAGCCGAGGAGGAGUUUGAGCGGCGCUGGAACUCCAUGAAACCCGGGGGCGGUGGGUGCUCAGGCUCUGGCUCCAGCCACAUGGGUGUUGAGCUUUCCUCUUUCCCGCUGCUGGAACAUUUUUCCAACGAUGGCGAUGAUGUCCUGACUGUCAUGGAGACAAGCCACGGCCUCAACUUUGAGUACAAGUGGGACCAAGGCAAAGCUGAGCAUCUUCCGGCCUCGGCCUUGAGCCCUCACGGAGCCGCCCGCUAUCACGAGCUCUACUACUCAGCCAGCAGCAGCAGGGGAGGGGGUGGGCACCUCAGCCUGGGCGUCUCACCCUCCUGCUACGAGUGCAAGGUGCAAGGCUGCCCUGGCCUGCACACGCCAGGUGUGGUCCCUGUGCUGAGUGCCCACAGCCCCUCCCUUAACAGCGAGUACUACAUCCGCAUUGAAGAGGUGGCCUCAGAGGGCAGUGGGGCCGAUCUGGAUUACACCAUGUGCUCCUACAGCCCUGAGUUUGGCUGUUCGUCCCAAAGCUGGCAAGCCAUGGAGGGCCACUAUGAGUCAAAUAAUAGCCCCACUGUCUCCCUCACCAUGGAACCUCUUCUUGGCCACUCCACACACACAGACAGUCCCUGGGAGCCCCCUGAAUACUACUCCUAUGGAGGACAAGGGGACAAGGAGGCCCCGUACUACGAGGCCUCCCCGAGGGAAAGUGCUGACUACCUGCUGAAGGAGCCCAGCAGCUCCGAGUGGCCUGUCCCUGUUUUGCAGAAAAGUCUGUUCACUGACCCACUGGGUGUGUCGCCAUCGAUGACCUAUGGCUACAAGGAGGCCGCGUCAGACUGUGUCGCUCUAGAUCUGGGUGAGGAGGUCUCUUGUGGCAGCCCCAGGAGCGAAGGGGGUGAGAACGAUGAAUCCCCUUCCCCCAGCAAGCACUGGACGUCCAACACCUCAGCCAACAAUAACAGCUGCCGCUCACUGUCCCCCUGUGAGCCCCCUGCCAAUGACAGCUGGUGCUACCGGCACAUGAUCACUUUCCAGGGACUCAUGGCAGAACCGCUGUGCACAGUACCCCGGGAUGAGCCUGCUCUGGGGCUCAAGGAUCUGAGAGCAGCACUUCUGGGUGGGGAGCCUGUGACGUCACCUCACACAGGCUCUCUGUGUCCAAAGGCUGAGUUGCCUACAGAGGGGAAAGGAUCAGCUGACGUUGCUGGUAUCGAGGUCAGUACAGAGGACUCCACAAACGAGAGCAUAGAAGGGUGCCCCCAGGCCACUGUGCCACCGCCGGAGGAACUGGACUUGAGGACAUCAUUAGCUGUGCCGGAACCAGCUGUCAGUGUAGACAUUGGAGAGACAACUGCACCAGCUGAGCUGAUAGGUGAGGCACCAGUUGCUGGGGAAGAUCCUGUCCUUGUGGAGGAGGCUUCAGUUGAAUGUCUACCCAAGAUGCCACAGGAGCUCAACCUAGAAAAUGGGAAGAGCAUCAGCAGUGAACAGGACCGGACACCAGACAAGACAGUGUCGAGCGCCAGCUUCCCUGAUAUGGAUGAGGCCAGCGAUGAGGAUACAGCUGAGAUCACUUUUGGGGUUUUUGCUGACUUCUCGGUUGAUUGUGUCGAACGGCAGGAUGUAAUGCCCGCCUUCAAGUCCUUGCAGAAGCAGGUGGGGACCCCGGACUCCUUAGAGUCGCUGGACAUUCCCUCCACCACCAGCUCCUGUGAAGCAUUCAGCCCCACAGCCUAUGUAUUCUCAAGCCAGCCUAAGGCCCUGGACAGUGGGUAUGAUACAGAGAACUACGAGUCUCCUGAAUUUGUCCUCAAGGAGCCUCAUGAGGCACGAGAGCCUGAAAACUUUGCCCAGCUAGGGAAGAUGCAAGAAGACAGGGAGGGCUCAACCAAAGAGCUAAGUCUGUCCAGUUCUUUCAGUGCCGAGCUGCAGGGCUUAGAUGAGAAGAACCCUUACCGUGACUCGGCCUACUUCUCUGACUAUGAUACUGAAGGGGGAACUCGGGAGGAUGGGGAAGGGGACAGUGAUGGUUCUGAGGGGCAUGAGCCAGAGGCCUCCCAGGUAGUCUUCGAAGGGCUGGGGAAGGCCCCUAACCAAAAUGGCACUGCAGGGGAAUCUGUGCCCCCCUGCCCUGAGCCCCCUGCCCCCUGUGGAGACAGUGUGGGCUGCACCUCUCCAGAGGCUGAGGAGCACACCACGAGGGAAGGGACUCUCAGGGCACCACAGGAGUUGCUGGUAAACGGAGUUGCUGCUGAGGAGCUGGAGUCAAACUCAGCAGGGGAUGAGUGUGAGGGGUUGGUUGCUGUGCCCUUGCAGCUGGCUCCCACCAGAUCCUUUUUCUUGUCACCUGUGGUCAUGAGUUCAGAAGUGCCCAUCCUGGUGGUUGAGGGAGAUGUAGGGGCAGGGAACGGGGGGCUGGAGAGUGUGUUGAGUGAGCCAGGGCAAACUGGAGAACUGCAGGGGGUUGGCGAGAGUGAGGAGGCCCGGAGCAAUUCUGCUUUCUCCAGUCUCUCACUGGAUCUGUCAGCGGUGCCUUCCCAGCAGUCAUCCAUCUCCCCCGACCCUGAGGAAGAAGAGGAUGACACGGAGGACAGCGAUGAGUCUGAUGAGGAACUGCGCUGCUACAACAUCCAAGAGCAGAGUGAAGAGAGUGAGGAGGAAUCACCCGCGGUGCCCAUUGUGGUGGCCGAGAGCCACAGCGCGCGCAACUUGCGCAGUCUGCUCAAGAUGCCCAACCUGCUGGUGGAAUCCUUCUGCGAUGACCUUGAACGCAAGAAGAAAGCCGUCUCCUUCUAUGAUGAUGUCACCGUCUACCUCUUUGAUCAGGAAAGUCCCACAAAGGAACUUGCAGACCAGCCUAUCCCAGGGUUCGCAGAGCCAGCCGUGGCCCAGUCUGUGCAGAAAGAAGGCAACAGUCCUCCAAGCCCAGCAGGCAGGACAGAUACACCAAACGGUUCCUCAGAAGGGAGAACCUCUGAAGAGAGUGGUGGUUUUGAAUGGGACGAUGACUUUCCCCUCAUGCCAGUGAAAUCGUCUCUCAUGCAGACAUUAACAUCAGCAGUGUCUGAGCCAGCUCUCCCCAGACUGCCGCCUACGCUAGGGCCCGCUCAGAAGCAGGUGCUGCCCAUCCAGUUUUCACGCUUCACUGUCUCACCUGCCCCGGUGUCACGGUUCUCCAUCACACAUGUCACCGACUCAGAUGUUGAGUCCGUAGGAGGAAGCAGUGAAGAUGGUGACAGAGAGUGAGCUUGGCUACCUGUUCUCUUUUUGGACUUUCCAUCCUGAACCCUAUAGCAUCAGUUCCUGCAUCGGGGCACAGGAGUAAGGAUUGUGACCCAGAAUCUGGGUGGAGCAGAAGAACUCUGUGGGCCUCGCUCUGUUUUUUUUAAGAGGCAGAUUUUAUUGGACAGAUCUUGACUUUGGGCUCCUUGGGCUGGAGUUGCCACAAUGAGGCAGCUUGGGACAAGUGCAUGAGUGUGCAGAUGUGUGAGGGUAAGAGUGUGCGCGUGUGUGUGUGUAUGUGUACAGAUAGACAUAUAGAACCUAUAGCAUUUAAAGGGUAGAGCUGUGACCUCGUUAACAUCGUCGCACCUCCACCUGAGCCAUUUUGACACCCCUCCCCCCCAGCUCACCCCUCUUGAUCUCUUGACCCUCAUUGGCUUCAUCAGUUGGGCCACUGCCUUGAGACACCAACUUCUGCCUGUUCUCUACGCUUGUCAUGUGCCCUUGCCAAGCCCUGUGUGGGGUCUAGGGAGAGCACGUAGCCAUGCACCCUGUGCCAUUCAGACAUGCUUCG